CCUCCUAUAUAACUAUAUGAACCCUUGUAUUCGAAUGGCAUUCGGGUCGGGUUCGAAUCUCGUAGAACCAAGAUAAUCAGUACCAGUGAGCAAUUUCUCUCCCACUUUUAGUUUUAAACCUCUUCAACAGCUUCGACUCCUGAAUGGCAAUCUUUUGUGGAUAGUUCAGGUGCCUAUGAGAUAACACCGAGGAUUAAGAAAAUGAGCAUUGUGCCCAAGGAGACCAUUGAGGUCAUUGCUCAAAGCAUUGGGAUUAACAAUUUGUCUCCGGAUGUAGCGCUUGCCCUUGCUCCCGAUGUGGAAUAUCGAAUGCGUGAGAUCAUGCAGGAGGCCAUCAAAUGCAUGCUUCACUCUAAGAGAACGACAUUGACCGCAGAUGAUGUUGAUGGUGCACUCAACUUGAGAAAUGUUGAGCCAAUUUACGGCUUUGCCCCAGGGUGUCCUCUGCGAUUCAAAAGAGCUAUUGGACAUAGGGACUUGUUCUACAUUGAUGACAAGGAUGUGGAUCUUAAAGAUGUGAUUGAUGCUCCUUUACCAAAAGCACCUCUUGAUACUGCAGUUCUUUGUCACUGGCUAGCUAUUGAAGGUGUGCAACCUGCUAUUCCGGAAAAUGCUUCUGUAGAAGUGAUUGCUGCUCCUUCUGAUGGUAAAAAGCACGAACAAAAGGAUGAUGCACUUCCUGUUGAGAUUAAAUUACCGGUGAAGCACGUAUUGUCUAGGGAGCUUAAGCUUUACUUUGAUAAAAUUACUGACCUAACGACGAGUAGGUCUGAUUCGGUCCUUUUUAAACAAGCAUUGGUGAGUUUGGCUACAGACUCGGGACUUCAUCCAUUAGUUCCGUACUUCACAUACUUUAUAGCUGAUGAGGUAUCUCAUGGCUUAAGUGAUUAUUCUCUUCUCUUCGCUUUGAUGCGUGUUGUGCGGAGUCUCCUUCAAAAUCCUCAUGUUCAUAUAGAACCUUAUCUACACCAAUUGAUGCCUUCUGUGGUUACAUGCCUUGUUGCAAAAAGGUUGGGAAAUAGGUUUGCAGACAACCACUGGGAACUUAGAGACUUCACAGCAAACCUGGUUGCUUCAAUAUGCAAAAGGUUUGGGCAUGUUUAUAACAAUCUCCAGACACGUUUGACCAAAACUUUGCUCAAUGCAUUUUUGGAUCCAAAACGGGCAUUGACUCAACAGUAUGGUGCAAUUCAAGGGUUAGCAGCCUUAGGACCCAAUGUGGUUCGCAUGCUAAUACUGCCAAAUCUUGAGCCAUAUAUGCGACUUCUUGAACCAGAGAUGCUUCUUGAGAAGCAAAAGAAUGAGAUGAAGAGGCAUGAGGCUUGGCGUGUUUAUGGAGCCCUGCUGCAUGCAACAGGUCAAUGUAUAUAUGAUCGGCUCAAGAUGUUCUCACCUCAGCCAUCCCUGUCAGCACGUGCCGUAUGGAGGACCAAUGCAAGAGUUAUUACCACCCCACCAAAUAAACGCAAGGGGAGCAUGGAACACUUGGAAGAGCAGCCACUGCACAAGAAAAUAGCAACUGAUGGUCCAAUUCUUGCAGCGUCGACCAAUUCCUCAUCAUCUCACAUGGAAGAGACACCAUCUCCCAUGGAAGAGAAAGCUGUGGUUCCACCAGCUCCUUCGGUUGAUUCUAAUGCAGGCCCAUCAUCAUCAUCCUCUAGACAACCGCCUAAUGACAUAAAUUUGGAUGGCAGAGGUAGGAGAGACAAGCGUGAUAGUCAAGCUCUGAAUAGGUCAGCUGUCCUCUCCCAGAUAUGGAAAAAUGACUUGGAUUCUGGGCGUCUCCUGGUAUUGCUGUUUGAGCUGUUUGGUGAAGGCAUUUUAUCCUUCAUUCCAGCUCCUGAGAUGUCUAUGUUCUUAUGACCAUUUGUACAAAGAUCUGGGAGUUCUCGAUUAAUUACUCAUAUGUGUACAAAUUACACUUGCAGAUAGAAUUUUAGAGUUCUCGAGACCAAAUCUUUUGGUAAAUUUCUAUGAAGCUUUUAUGAACUUUUAAUAAUACUGUUGAUCAUGUGUUGAUUGUCUGGAA